AUGAACAUAGCCCUCUUGAGAAGCAUGAUGGCACCUAAAGUCCAUGCAGGCCUGCUGGACCGAGGAUUUAGGGUUCCCCGAGAGCAGCAGGCCGGCGUACAAGGCGAGCUCCCCCACAGGCUGCGAUGGGCCAUCUCAGGAGGAUCCGGGUGUGGCCAACAGGAAUGUGGAGGCAGCACAGGUGGUCCCCGCCUUCCGAAUGAAGACAUGGUUCCGAGACCUUCAGGACAGGAAGGCCUCUAUGUCUCCACCGUCAUUUCUCCUUUUGUUAUAAAUUGUUUGGCAGAAAAUACAAUUCCAAUGAAAAAGAAAUGCAAGUUUAGAAUGGCAUCCACAAUCCCCAGUGGACAUGUCUGGAAAGACACAUGAACUCCUGUCUCCUGUAGUUUGGCUCCAACUGAAAUGAACGAAUGCCAGCGAGGAAAACUCAUAUAUCUAAUGGGAGAGCCCACAAUCUGCCAGUGGAUGGAACACUUCAAAGACAAUAUUAACACCUUGAAGACAGUAGAUUUGCAUAAAUAUGGAAAAUUUCAACACCCCGUUAUGAUCUUGGAUAAGAGUGUCACCAUCCAGUGGCCAACACGGUUACCAUUGAUUGGAUCAGCGACCUAUUCGGUCAGAAAGAUUGAGUGCAUUGCUGAGGUCAUUGACAGAAGUGGAGGAGAAAAAAAUACCAUCAUUGUUAAUUCUCUGGGCCAGCAUUUCAGAGCCUUUCCUAUAGGUGUUUUUAUCUGAGGGGCUCUCAAUGUCCAGACAGUUACUUAGCGUCUUCUGAGAAGUCCAGACACUGUGCUUAUCAUCAGAGUGGAAAACAUCAGGACACACAGAGAUGUGGAGAGAGUUGGUGACUUUCGUGGUUACAUUUAAUAUCUUGUCAUAAAGGAUUUUCAGGAUCCCAAUGUGGGCAUCAUUGAUGCCUGGGAUAUGACCAUUACAAACAGCACAAGUCACCGCUUCUCGGCCUUUUGGCUAAGAUCAGGUAUAGUCAACCACCUGGGUUUCCAUCAGCUACACGGAAAUGCAGUCCACUGGGAUCACCGACACGGGUCAGUUGUUGGCACCGUAGGGUCCUGGAAUGAUGAUGAGAAAUCCCGCAUCCAGGGUGGACUGUCUUCUGCUGUCGAUCCUCCCGGAGUGGUGGGUGUGUGGAAUGACGCCAUCAGCAGCUGUGGCCUUGAUGACAGGGUUCAGUUCUUCAUCUCCACCGGCAGCAAGCUGCAAUCGACAAGGGGCAAUACGCUCCGCCUUGCAGCCCUUUGA